AUGUUGGCUUUCUCUUUCCGUAUGAGUGCCUCCACAGUGAAAGCCAUUGUGUUGGAAACUUGCAAAGUUAUUUGGAAGAACCUUCUCAAAGACCAUAUGCCACAACCUACUGCAGAAAUGAUGGAGAAGUCCAAAGCUGGAUUUUGGGAACUAUGGAACUUCCCCAACUGCGUGGGAGCACUGGACGGCAAACAUUGUAGGGUAAAAUCUCCACCACAUUCGGGAUCUGCAUACUACAAUUAUAAGAAGUUUUUUUCUAUUUUACUUCAAGGUGUCUCUGAUCCAGACUAUAAAUUUCUUGCAGUUGAAGUAGGUGGGAAAGGAAGGCAAAAUGACGCCGGUACAUUUUCCACGUCAGCACUAUAUGACUGCCUUCAAAAUAAGAGCUUCAAUAUUCCUCCAGAUUCUACGCUACCACAGUCAAACGUCAAAGUCCCUAAUGUACUUGUUGCUGACGAAGCUUACCCGUUAAAACUCUAUCUGUUGAAGCCAUAUGCAAGAGUAAAUCUAACGACUGCAAAAACUGUUUUCAACUACAGACUGUCGCGUGCCCGAAGGUGCAUUGAGUGUGCGUUUGGUAUUUUGUUUGCCAAGUGGCGUAUUCUAGGUAAGGACAUAGAAACCAGCGUUGAGAAUGCUGCGCACAUAAUUAAGUGUGCUUGCCUACUUCACAACGUGGCGAGGGACGGAGACGGUGAUAGUGAUCCAGUGUUCAGGGAGGUGCGUUUCUCAGCGCGGAGAUGCGGUCCCAUCCACAUGCAUCGAAGAAACAACAGGUACACUACCAGAGCUCAGAAAGUUCGUGACAUGUUUGCUGAGUACCUCAAGAAACAAAAGAUUUUGAAAGGGGACUACAGUGCAUUCUAUCAGUGUUGA